UUCUGUUACCCUUCCUCUCCUACAGUCAGCGAGCGAACCCACGUGGUCACACUGCUACUUGAAAGUGCCUUUGUGUUAAAUUACCGUGAAAAUUACUGCUAUUUUACAGAAUUAUUAAAUGUGAAGCUUUGUGCCAGGACCCUCAACGACUUAUUCACCUAAAUUAGCGUGAUAGGGUAGUAAGGUGCCUUUCUCGACCCGUACUAAAUGAGGUUCAUCUCUCGCCGGUGUUUGCAGGUAAUCAUUAAAUGUAACUCUUUAAAAUUAGAGAGCAAAUUAUAAUGGACUCGACCGCAGCAACGACUAGUGAUCCAGCUCCUUCCAACCCGACCCAUUUCAGAUCUCUUUUUUUUGACCGCAAACAAGGAGCAGAUGAAGAGUUUGAUCAGUUUCUCACCGCUGCAAGGACCCUGGUGGAAAAAUGUAAAUUCGGGAAUCUCACUCAACAGCUCUUACGCGAUAAAGUUGUCAGUGGAAUUUCAGACAGUCAACUCAAGAGAAUUUUCAUCGCUGAUCCAAGUAUUUCUCUCGAGACGAUCACUCUAAUGUGCCGUGCAAGGACUUUAUCAGAAGAACAACUAUUGAAACUGCUUUCCUUAAAGAGAGAAGAAGGCAUUUUGAGAUGUUGUCAACAUGUUAAUCAAGUUGAAAAUCCCACAGCACGGACUGAAGUCUUGGAUUCUACCCAGAGAGGCUGGAAUCUACCUCAAUUAUUCUCCCAACCCAAUAUGGAAAAUGGUGUGGGGACAAAUGGAAGUGCUGAAGAGACAGCAUCUCCAUCCAAAAGAAUGAAGUUGAUGGAGGAACCUGAGAUUUCUUCACAUGCUGCAAGUGCAGAAAGUUCCAACGCAACCUUCAGAUUCAGUGUCGAAAAUAUCAGCGAACUUCGAGAAUGGUGGCGAUCACCUGAAUUAAUCGUCUCCAACAUCUCUUGGAGCAUAUUAGUGAAACCAAUAACAUGGAAAGACAACCCGUCUAGAAAGUCCCUUGCCUGUGCCUUUCAGUGUGUUCAGAGACCCACCGGAUUUUCUUGGAGUUGCUUUGUAAUAUUAGAGCUGAAAAUUCUUUCUCAGAAAAAUGGAGUAAAGCCGAUUUCAGGCAGAAUUCAACUAAAGUUUGACAACACAAAAAUGCGGAAAAAAAGUCAUAGAAAAAUAUUCAUUCCUUGGAGAGAUUUGUUCAACUAUGAAAAGGUCUAUGUUGUAGAUGACUCUAUCACCCUAGAGGGCACUUUAUCCGUUGCAAUGGAAGUUUAGAAGUCUAGCAUUUUGUGUCUUACUGGGCACUGAAGAUACUCAAUGAGCUCAUCAAGUUAAGGCAGUGAUUUUUCCUAUGAUCUCUGUGAGAUUGUUAUAACAAAGUUUUCUGUACAUAUUACAAUAGUUUAAAUUUGAAGAAAUAUUUACUGAAUCAUUCAGAAAAUCAUUCCAAAUCAAUUUGAUUCAAUUUCUCAAGUUGUAUUAUUCAAUCGGUAUUCUUAUCAUUUUCUCGUCAGGACCCAGAGAUGUUCUUUAAGUUAACUUUGUAUCUCUUGUUUCAUCUCUCAAAAUUGUUUUUGUUUUUGUUUCGUGAGUGUUCUAAAACUAUAAACUAAGUGUGAUAUAGUAAGUCUACAGUCUACUGUUUACUGUUUCAAAUGUGUUUGUUUAUAUUUUAUGUUCAACUGUUAUUUGAUAGGAAAAGUAAAAUUGUGCAUAAUCAUAUUCUUACAGUACUAUUUAAUUCACAUAAAGAGUUUCUAAGAGUGAAAUAAUCA